GAUGUACUCCUCCGACUCGCCCCCGCGCGUGGGUUACAACGUGGGCUACGCAGCGCCCAGCUAUGCUGCGCCCGUGAGCAGCACCCCUGGCGCAGGGCCACCCGCCGGGAUGGCGGUGCCCAACUUGGCGAAUCCCAGCGGAUUGAGCGGGAUGCCGUUGCCGGCCACGCCCAGUGUUCAGCCAGUUGGAGCGCCCGGGCAGUUCCAGGUGCCCAACCGGGAGGUCCUUUAUGGACCUCCACCUGCCCUGACCUCGGGCUUGCCGGACCCAACGUCAGUGGAACGACAAAAAGAGAAUUAUUUGACCUCCUUAGAGGAGCAG